AAUGCUCAUUCAAUGUAUUUUUAAUGUAGUUUACUUUUGAAAUAAUAGGUUGCGUUAUAACCUAAAAAAAAUGUCGUCUGAAGAAGAAGAUUACAUGUCUGAUGCUUUUUUGACUGGAUGUGUUCAAGAAGAUAUACGACCAGGUCUCGUGCACAAUCGAUCUCUCAAGCGUCGCUAUGAAAUGGAUAAGAAGAAAACAGAAUCAGACGAUAUCAAUAAGAAAGUAUUCAAGAAAGCACAUGUCGUUGAAAAGGAGUUGAGAGAAGAUGGGUUGAGCCAGCCCAUAUCAGAAGACAAUAAAGGCUUCAAGAUGCUUCAGAAACUUGGUUUCAAACCAGGGUCUGGUCUUGGAAAAUCUCAGGAAGGCUGUAAAGAGCCAAUACCGAUCAACGUGAAAAGCGACCGCCAAGGCCUGGGGAGAACUCAGGCCGUCAAGGAGCUACUGGAGAAGAAGGCUGCUAUACUGAAGGAGAGACAGAACAAGGCUCUGAAUGUCACCGAUUACCGGGCAGUGCUAGCUCAGGAGGCGGCUCAGAAGAGAGCCGAAAUCGACUUUCGAAAAGCUCAAAAAGUCUGUCAACAAUUGGACACUGAAAAUGGGUUUGAACCUUUUGAAUAUUGGUACUGGCCUGUGAGCAAAUCUAAUGACAAUGAAGAAGAAUUUAUUGAUGAGGAUACUGAUGCACAUAUAGAAUCAAAACAGACGAUUUCAGUAUGUAAUGAGGAUGCGAGAGAAGGAGGAGGAGUAGGAGGAGGAGAUGGAAUAGAAGGAGAAGAAGAAACUUAUGAUGAAGAUGAGGAUGUGGAGGAGGAAGAUAAUGAAGACAAUUACACAAUUGGUGAGAAGUUGGAGAUGUUGACUGGUUACCUGAGGCAAACGCACUACUAUUGCAUCUGGUGUGGCACGCGUUAUGAGGACGAACAAGACAUGGAUGGAGAGUGCCCGGGACCAACUUAUGACGAACAUUAAACCAUGUACAUAUGAUAUGUAUUUAUUUGAAAUUAUACCUGUUCAACUCAUU